AUGGAAGUGGGGUCCGAAAAGACAUCAUCCACCACCAAACUAUCCAUUCGCCAUGGGGUCUUCAAAGAGGAGACUGAUAUUGCUCUGAAAGCACCCUUAUACGUAGAUGCUAUGUUACCAAAGAAAGUGGAGCACGCGAAAGCAGAAAGAGCCACCUGGGGUCGCCGCCUUGAGUUCGUCCUCGCGUCGGUGGGGUACGCGGUGGGACUUGGGAACGUGUGGCGCUUUCCAUACCUCUGCUACAGGAGCGGUGGAGGUAAGCAUGUGUAUGUGGAAGUAUUAAAGCAGAAUGCAGGAAUAUUUUUUCGGUUUGUUUAAUUUAGAAACCAGUCUAAUUAUUGAACCAUAUUUGGCACAUGUCAUACAUUCUCUUCAGCUGAGCAUGGUCACAUGAAGUUUGCAAUUCUGUAUGCAACAACAACAAAAAAAGUUUUAUUGCAACAUACACAGGAUAGGUGCAGUGAAAUGUGUUGUUUUACAGGGUCAGCCAUAGUAGUAUAGAACCCCUGCAGCAAAUUAGGAUUACGUGCCUUGCUCAAGGGCACAUCAACAGACUUUUCACUUUGUAGGCUCGGGUAUUCAAACCAGUGACCUUUCGGUUACUGGACCAACACUCUAACAGCUAGGCUACCUGCCGCCAGUUAUGAGCCACCUGUGAUGUAGCCUACAUAAACUUUAUGAGCCACUUGUGAUGUAUGUGCCUUUUGGUUGAACAAUAGCCUCACUAAUUAAAAACAGAGAAAUGUUUUCACAAUGCAAUAACAGGGUUGCUUUCAGAAUAAAGAUAAUGUGUUAAUUGAUGUUGGAUGUUUGUUUCUAGAUGAAGAUGUAUGACGUUUUUCUUACUUGCUGAUUUAAUCUUACUUGCAUGCCUUUAUAGAAUAGGAUUGAGCUAAACUAAGCCAUAUGGAUACUGUUUUUAAUAAAAAGUUGAAAUCCAAGUGGAACUCAAUGAUUCUGUCUGCCCAAUCCUCUGAAAUACACCUCAAAGUAAGACUUUCAGGUUGAGAUUAACGUUAAGAUGUUAUGAAUAUGAAUUGGACUUCUUGAAGGAGCCAGGAGCCACAGGUUUUGCAUGAUUUGUUUAAAGGCCCAAUGGAGCAGUUUAAAACAAAUCUCAAUAUCAAAUCAUUUAUGGGCAACAAUGAAGUACCUUACUGUGAUUUAUUUUUUAAUUAAAAUUGUAAAAAAGAAACAUAGCUUCUUAGCAAAGGGCAAUUUCACAAGCAAGAAUUUUGCUAGGACUGUCUGGGAGUGGUCUGAGUGGGGAGGGGAAAACUGAAAACUAGCUGUUAUUGGCAGAGGUUUGGAACUCUUGUUCUUAUUGGUAUAUUAACGAAUGAACUGCCAGAGGCAGGCCAAAACUCCAUCCCACCAAAACAGGUUGACAUUUCAGGCAGUCUUUUAGAACAGCUCUUACACUAUAAUGAUAUUAUCAUUUUCACAGUAUUAUUCAAACCACAUAGGUGGAAAUAUAUAUAAAACAUAGGAAAAUCACGUUUUUGACUGCACUGGGCCUUUAAUGUUGCAUCAUCAUCAUGACUGUAUUGCCUUGGCUUACAUCUGGCACAGUUGAGAUCUAGCUGAGAUCUAGGCAUGUGUAGAAUGACUCAGCAAAACAUCAAAGACCUUCCCAAACAACAGACACUGAUGAUUAUGUGUUCUGUUGUAUUUCCUCGUUACUAGUUUACUUCCUCUCCUGCUUUGCCACGGACCUCACUGUAUAACAGAAAUGUGCUAACUUGACAGAUACCAUCACACUGGUUUGCUCAGGCACUUAGAAGGCACUACAUUCAUCUGGCAUUCAUUCACAUCUCAGAUUUAUGUAGCGGACAUAAAUUGGACUUAUGCUCUUGAAGGGGAAUUGCCUCUUGGUCUAAUGGUCAAGAUGUAUGUUUCUCCUGUGAGGGACCAGGAUUCAGAUCCUGUCUGUGACAACUACAAUGAGGGGCCUGUAACUCAUUCCCUCACCCGAGAGCUUAAAACAAGUAUACUGAAGGACAUUUCUAGUCCAAGUUUAGGGAAGUAAGACUGUCUGUCUUGGUUUUAUUUUAGUAAGACACACCAUGUGUUGCCUAUUCAUCCUCCUUGGUGUUAAGCUAGCUGUCAUGGUAAUUACCAUAUAUGACUGUUUCCUGGGCUAGCAGUCCAGACCUCUAUCCAGUUACUGAAGGAGGGUGGGUCAGCUCUGUAAACAGAGAUGCUGUGUUAGUGGUAGUAGUAGACAAUGGUUGGUGAUGGUGCACUGCAUGGGUCGAGUUUCAAUUGAAUUGAACCAACAUUGAGAGUUCAUCGUUUCAUGUAUUUGAGUGCUAGAAAAUAAACAGGUGUACAUUUGUCAAUGCUCUUAAGUUUUUACUCUAAUCUGAUGUGCUUUCUAACCUGGUCCUUUAUGUCUUCUCUAAACCAAUGAUCACUACUGGGUAGGGCUGGGAAUUGCCAGGGACCUCACGAUACGAUAUUAUCACGAUACUUAGGUGCAGGUAUGAUUAUGUAUUGGGAUUUUCACGAUUCUAUAUGUAUUGAGAUUUGAUAUUGCGACUUGAUGUUCCAAACACAUUGUUCACUAUAUAUCUGCAGCAGAAAGACGAGAGCAUGAGAUCAGUCAGGGAAAUAAGUGCUGAAAAAAUGUUGGCUCACUAUUUAAAAAUAAAAUGGAGAACAAGCUAUAGGAUGAAAAAUACCAGAGUUUUGGCACAAGUAUAGCAGACUAGCGCCAGCUAACGCUACCUACAGUAGCAAAAACAAAAAUCGAUAAUUGGAGUCAAAUAUCAAUAUUAUAUCAUCCAAACAUAAUAUUGCGAUAUAUAACUAUAUCGACUCUCCCCUUCCCCCAUCACUACUAUUGGGUCACUUUUCUAACUAGCACUUGUUGAACAGAUCCAUGGCACUGCUGUACAGGACACCCCCAGCAGCGCCUGCAAGCCGGAGGGCCCACGAGCUCUGGGGGCCCAUGCGGUUGUCAUCGAUGUCUAUUUUUUACAUUGUAGAAUAAUAGUGAAGACAUCAAAACUAUGAAAUAACACAUAUGGAAUCAUGUAGUAACCAAAAAAGUGUUAAACAAAUCAAAAUAUAUGUUAUAUUUGAGAUUCUUCAAAGUAGCCACCCUUUGCCUUGAUGACAGCUUUGCACACUAUUGGCAUUCUCUCAACCAGAUUCAUGAGGUAGUCACCUGGAAUGCAUUUUAAUUAACAGGUGUACCUUGUUAAAAGUUAAUUUGUGGAAUUUCUUUCUUUCUUAAUGCGUUUGAGCCAAUCAGUUGUGUUGUGACAAUUUCAAGAACUUUGAAAGUUUCUUCAAGUGCAGUUGCAAAAACCAUCAAGCUCCGAUGAAACUGGCUCUCAUGAGGACCGCCACAGGAAAGGAAGACCCAGAGUUACCUCUGCUGUAGAGGAUAAGUUCAUUAGAGUUACCAGCCUCAGAAAUUGCAGCCCAAAUAAAUGCUUCCCAGAGUUAAAGUAACAGACACAUCUCAACAUCAACUGUUCAGAGGAGACUGCGUGAAUCAGGCCUUCAUGGUCGAAUUGCUGCAAAGAAACCACUACAAAAGGACACCAAUAAGAAGAAGAGACUUGCUUGGGCCAAGAAACACGAGCAAUGGACAUUAGACUGGUGGAAAUCUGUCCUUUGGUCUGGAGUCCAAAUUAGAGAUUUUUGGUUCCAACCGCUGUGUCUUUUGUGAGACGCAGUGUAGGUGAACGGAUGAUCUCUGCAUGUGUAGUUCCCACCGUGAAGCAUGGAGGAGGAGGUGUGAUGGUGUGGGGGUGCUUUGCUAGUGACACUGUCAGUGAUUUAUUUUGAAUUCAAGGCACACUUAACCAGCAUGGUAACCACAGCAUUCUGCAGCGAUACGCCGUCUCAUCUGGUUUGGGCUUAGUGGGACAAUCAUUUUGUUUUUCAACAGGACAGUGACCCAACAUACCGCCACCUCUAUUUGACCAAGAAGGAGCGUGAUGGAGUGCUGCAUCAGAUGACCUGGCCUCCGCAAUCCCCCGACCUCAACCCAAUUGAGAUGGUUUGGGAUGAGUUGGACUGCAGAGUGAAGGAAAAGCAGCCAACAAGUGCUUAGAUAUGUGGGAACUCCUUCAAGACUGUUGGAAAAGCAUCCCAGGUGAAGCUGGUUGAGAGAAUGCCAAGAGUGUGUAAAGCUGUCAUCAAGGCAAAGGGUGGCUACUUUGAAGAAUCUAAAAUCUAAAAUAUAUUUUGAUUUGUUUAAAAACUUUUUUGGUUACUAGAUGAUUCCAUAUAUGUCAUUUCAUAGUUUUGAUGUCUUCACUAUUAUUCUACAAUGUAAAAAAUAGUUAAAAAUAAAGAAAAACCCUUGAAUGAGUAGGUGUGUCCAAACCUUUGACUGAUACUGUACAUGGAAGUUAAGUGUUUGUUUCUUGGGCCUCAGGCCUUGAAAAAUACAAAAUUAAACUGAUUGAAAGUAUAAGGGGCUAUCAGUGAACAAAUGCUGUGGUCAGGGCUACGACGGCACAAGUGCAAUGAGUGGAGCUUACUCAGGUGUUCAAAAGCACAUAUCAGACCGAGAGCCUAAUGCUUCUUAACUAGUUAUUGAUGAGUUUUAGUUUAGAAAACGAUCUCUCCGCAGAAGCAACAGCUACAGGGAAGGUAAAAACAGCUUGAUUGCCGUUGCAACAUCAGGGAAACUGGGCAUAAGAUUGGUGCUUCAAGUACAGCAGUUCUGCACCAUCUUUAAUUGAGCCUCUCACUCCUUAAUUACCGGCUUCAGCACAUUACGGAAAGAGAUGAACUAUAUACGAAGCUCUGGGGACAGGUCGUCUGGAUACUGGACAGCCAAUAAAUUGUCAGAUGCAAACUGAUUCUCAUCUUUAGCGGACAACUGGUCUUGAGGGCUUGAACAAAAAAAAGUGGUUUGCGAUUUUGUUCAUACUGGUGAACUGGUGUUUGAGUUGUGUGGUUGCAAUAUCAACAGUCCGUUAUCUCUGGUAUACAGUGCAUUCAGAAAGUAUUCAGACACCUUGACUUCUUCCACAUUUUGUUACGUUACAGCCUUAUUCUAAAAUGGAUUACAUUGUUUUUUCCCCUUCAUCAAUCUACUCACAGUACCCCAUAAUGACAAAGCAAAAACUGGUUUUUAGAAAUGUUUGCAAAUGUAUUAAAAAUAAAAAACGGAAAUAUCACAUUUACAUACACUACCGUUCAAAAGUUUGGGGUCACUUAGAAAUGUCCUUGUUUUCGAAAGAAAAGCAAAAUAAAAUUAUCUUGCUGAUUCUCCAGAUACUCAACUAGUCUCAAGAAGGCCAGUUUUAUUGCUUCUUUAAUCAGCACAACAGUUUUCAGCUGUGCUAACAUAAUUGCAAAAGGGUUUUCUAAUGAUCAAUUAGCCUUUUAAAAUGAUAAACUUGGAUUAGCAAACACAACGUGCCAUUGGAACACAGGACUGAUGGUUGCUGAUAAUGGGCCUCUGUACGCCUAUGUAGAUAUUCCAUUAAAAAUCUGCCGUUUCCAGCUACAAUAGCCAUUUACAACAUUAACAAUGUCUACACUGUAUUUCUGAUCAAUUUGAUGUUAUUUUAAUGUCAUUUCUAAGUGACCCCAAACUUUUGAAUGGUAGUGUAAGUAUUCAGACUCUUUACUCAGAACUUUGUUGAAGCACCUUUGGCAGCAAUUUACAGCCUCUAGCCUUCUUGGGUAUGACGCUACAAGCUUGGCACACCUGUAUUUGGGGAGUUUCUCCCAUCUUCUCUGCAGAUCCUCUCAAGCUCUGUCAGAUUGGAUGGGGAGCGUCGCUGCACAGCUAUUUUCAGGUCUCUCCAGAGAUGUUCGAUCGGGUUCAAGUCCGGGCUCUGGCUGGGGCUCUCAAGGACAUUCAGAGACUUGUCCCGAAGCCACUCCUGCGUUGUCUUGGCUGUGUGCUUAGGGUCGUUGUCCUGUUGGAAGGAGAACCUUCGCCCCAGUCUGAGGUCGUCUCUCUGUACUUUGCUCCGUUCAUCUUUCCCUCGAUCCUGACUAGUCUCACAGUCCCUGCAACUGAAAAACAUCCCCACAGCAUGAUGCUACCACCACCAUGCUUCACCGUAAGGAUGGUGCCAGGUUUCCUCCAGACGUGACACUUGGCAUUCAGGCCAAAGAGUUCAAUCUUGGUUUCGUCAGACCAGAGAAUUUUGUUUCUCAUGGUCAGAGUCCUUUAGGUGCCUUUUGGCAAACUCCAAGCGGGCUGUCAUGUGCCUUUUUUAGUGAGGAGUGGCUUCCGUCCGGCCACUCUACCAUAAAGGCCUGAUUGGUGGAGGGCUGCAGAGAUGGUUGUCCUUCUGGAAGUUUCUCCCAUCUCCACAGAGGAACUCUAGAGCUCUGUCACCUCCCUGACCAAGGCCGUUCUCCCCCGAUUGCUCAGUUUGGCCAGGCGGCCAGCUCUAGGAAGAAUCUUGGUGGUUCCAAACUUCUUCCAUUUAAGAAUGAUGGAGGCCACUGUGUUCUUGGGGACCUUCAAUGCUGCAGAAAUGUUUUGGUACCCUUCCCCAGAUCUGUGCCUCACUACAAUCCUGUCUCCGAGCUCUACGGACAAUUCCUUCUACCUCAUGGCUUGGUUUUUGCUCUGAUAUGCACUUAACUGUGGGACCUUAUAUAGACAGGUGUGUGCCUUUCCAAAUCUCAUAGCAAAGGGUCUGUAUACUUAUGUAAAUAAGGUAUUUCAGUGUGUGUUUUUUUUAUACAUUUGCAAAAACUUCUAAACCUGUUUUCACUUUGUCAUUAUGGGGUAUUGUGUGUAGAUUGAGGGAAAACAAUCAUUUAAUCUAUUUUAGAAUAAGGCUGUAAAGUUACGAAAAGGGAAGGGAUCUUAAUACUUUCCAAAUGCACAGUAUCUUGGCAUGCAUUAUUCAUGACUAAGUUUAAGUUGUGUGCAGCACAAUGGACCUACAGGCCGUAGUGAAAACAUUUGCACACAAAAAAGGAGGACUUCAGGAGACCAGGGGAGUCUCUCAUGUUGGAUAUAAUUUGAUUUAAUUGAAUUUACCUUGAAUAUUGCAGCCCAUUUGUCUAGGCUAUUAGCCAGACAAAAUCCGCUGAGUUCAACAAAUGAAUUUAUCCUCAAGCCGACUACUUUUUUUUCCUCAUUGUUUGGCAAUGUGAUGUCAUUUUUAUAUAAAAAAGUGUAUAAAUAGCAGCUAACUACCAUAUAUAGCUAUAGAUAGUACACUGCAGAAUGAAACAAUCCCCAGGAAGCUAGUGUUUUGAGGGUGGACUGACUGUAUUAUUUGGCAUUAAUAGACUGGUUUUACGCACAACAACUUUCUAUCCAAGCUGGGAGAGAGUGCGAGGACAGCUCAUGUCAUGCAGGUUAAGGUAGCAUAUACAGGACAGUUUUAUAUAUAUAAAAAACAUCUGUUGGUAGCCGAUUAGUAUGUUGUUGCAUCAAACAUUUAUUUUACAUUCCGCAAAGUUUGAAUUUCCAACGUACAUUAUUGCCACCAGCCAGCAAUGUGCGACACCGUGUAUAGCUUUGUGAAAUGUUAGGCUUAACAAACUCCGACCUUGCGGGGGUCCAGAGAAACUGCAAAUAAAACAAGUUUAAGUUUAAUUUUGAAAACUCCUUGUGUUACUAAUCUAUUUGGCUCCAUAUCUCCCUUCGUUUAGGUGCCUUUCUCAUUCCUUACUUUCUCAUGCUGUUUCUGUGUGGCAUCCCCCUGCUCUUCAUGGAGUUUGCUAUUGGGCAGUACACCCGUCUGGGACCAGUGCAUGCUCUAGCCAAAAUCUGCCCCUUGUUCAAAGGUGAGUGAUAUCCACAGGCCUAUGGUUCCCAAGGCCUCACACAUGUUUAGCCUUUAUCCACCAUUUUCUGUUGGUUUUAGUCAACCUGGAACAGUCCAGCAAAGAGGCAAUGAUGAUUUAA